UGUGUGUGUACGCAGCCUUUGAUCCCAGCGUGUUCACAGUGCACUAUCAGCAGACGAGUGGGAGGCGCCAUGUCUCACUUUAGUAUGAGUCGUAGGCUAUGUAAACAGUAAACCAGCUCAGAUUUGUCAGUGUGUUGAGGAUUUUAAAUAGCCUCAGCUUAACCACGGCUUCUCUGACGUGUUUAAAAUGCGACCCUGAUACCAGAACGCAUACUGUAAUCAUACUGUAUGUAAAAAAGAGGUUUGGCUUCUCGAAAGUGUUUACCCGCGACUCACUUCAGGUCGGCACCGCCCAAACAAUGGUUCUAUUCAAUAGCUAAAAGAUCCCGCCUCUUAACUAUGUCUUAAAGCCUAUUGGCUCUUCCAUGCACAUGUUACACCCCAUUGGACAGUCGCGCUGUCACUCACACACAACACGGAAGAAUAGAAGGAAGUAAAAAAGGUUUGCGAUAGCCAUUCCAGAGAAAAGCAGGCAUGCUUUGACAGAAACGUUCACAGGAUCAUCGCUAUCCUGAUAAUUAUAAGGUCCAGGAUGUCAUCCAGUGAAGUUGAGAAAUCAAAAGACUCUGUAGCCAACAGUAAGAGGGAGAGUAACAGUGACAAGAAUCAACAAGCACCUGAGCUGGAACAUCACUCCCAACCUGUCAACGAUGUGUCAACCAAUGCAGAUGCAAGUACUGUGGCUGCGAAGAACCUGGCACUUCUUAAAGCCCAUUCUUUAGAUGUGAAGUUUGAGGUUGGUGAAGAGUAUGACAUAAUCGAGACCAUUGGCACAGGUGCCUAUGGCGUCGUAUCAUCUGCCAGGAGGCGGGACAAUGGGCAACAGGUGGCAAUAAAGAAGAUCCCAAAUGCCUUUGAAGUUGUGACAAAUGCCAAACGCACACUUCGAGAGCUCAAGAUCCUGAAACACUUUAAACAUGACAACAUUAUUGCAAUUAAGGACAUCCUUCAGCCUGUGGUACCUACCUCAGCCUUCAAAUCAGUGUAUGUAGUCCUUGACCUAAUGGAGAGUGACCUGCAUCAGAUCAUCCACUCAAAACAACCUCUGACCCCUGAGCACACACGCUACUUUCUGUACCAGCUGUUGCGUGGCCUAAAGUACAUCCACUCAGCCAAUGUAAUCCACCGCGACCUGAAGCCGUCCAACCUGCUGGUGAAUGAGAACUGUGAGCUGAAAAUUGGGGACUUUGGCAUGGCCCGGGGUUUGAGUGCUGCCCAUGCUGAGGAGUCACGUUCCUUCAUGACAGAGUAUGUGGCCACACGUUGGUACCGUGCACCCGAGCUUAUGCUCUCACUUCACCACUACAGCCUUGCCAUUGACCUCUGGUCAGUAGGAUGCAUCUUCGCCGAGAUGCUGGGUCGGAAGCAGCUCUUCCCAGGCAAGCACUAUGUGCAUCAGCUGCAGCUGAUUCUCUCCGUCUUGGGUACACCUCCUGAGAGUGUGGUGGGUGCUAUUGGAGCAGAAAGGGUGCGCUCUUACGUCCAGAGCUUGCCUUCCAGGGCACCCGUGCCCCUCACCAGACUGUUCCCACAGGCUGAACCUGUUGCUCUGGACCUUCUGAAUGCCAUGCUGCGCUUUGACCCUCUCGAACGGAUUAGUGUCUGCCAGGCACUAGAGCACCCUUACCUUGCCAAGUACCAUGACCCAGAUGAUGAGCCUGUGUGUGUGCCUGCCUUCGAUUUUGAGUUUGACCGACAGCCCAUGGGGCGAGAGCAGAUCAAGGAGGCCAUACUUGCUGAAAUACAGGACUUCCACAACAAGAAACAAGGUAGCAGGAAGAUCCAGUUCAAACCACUCCAGAGAUUGGGACAAGGGCCAGGGAGCACAAAUAAUCAUGCCUAUCCAAUGGUGCCCAGUACUCAAAACCAGCCAAAUGUUACACACCCUCAGCAGCAGAAAGCAAGUCAAAAUUUGGUCAUAACACAGAGCUCAGUCACCUUGGCUCCUUCAUUAAAUAAGCAAGCUCCUCCACCUGAUUUUACCCAUCUUGCCAAUUAUUUGACACCAUUCACAAGAAGCUGUCAGGAUGUGGACAUGCCCAGUGCAAAUUCAGAUGGACAACCAGAGACCAUAGACCUUACCACUCCCACAUCCAGCCAAGGCACACCACCUUGUGAACCAACUGGAGACUGCACCAAGAGGGAGGCUUCUGCAAAUCAAGCUCCUGCUGUACAGACAAUUCAGAGCCAGGCACUCCACCAGCCAUCAGCCUCUACAGCACCUCCAUCCAGUCUUACAAAAUCUGGGGCCUCCCUUUCUCUAUCUCAGAUGCAAGCUCAGUCUCUCUCUCAGUCACUUUCUCGUUCACUUGGAAAAGGGGGGAAAGGAACUUCUGGGGAGACCGCUAGAAAAGAAGGGGCAAUUUCAGAUGAUACCAAAGCAGCACUCAAAGCAGCUUUGCUCAAGUCAGCACUAAGGCAAAAGGCACGAGAUGGAAGUGCUGCAGCCCUGGGUAUAGACCUGGGCAGCGGAACUGCAAGCUCAUCUUCCUUGGUUUCGUCCUCUGGUCCAGAACACAGGAGACCUGUUACAGCACAAGAGAGACAGCGGGAGAGAGAAGAGAAACGAAGGAAAAGACAGGAACGAGCAAUGGAGCGAAAGAAAAAGAUGAGAGAAAAGGAGAAAAAAGAAGGCAAAUCAGGCGAGUCCUUGGGUGGCGUCGUGCUGAGUGACAAUGACAAGAAGCUGCUGGAACGGUGGGGACGAAUGAUGGACAAAUCACAGGUCAUCGACAAUAAUCCUACUAACUCCAGUAACAGUAAGACAGGUUCUUGCCAGAUGCAGGCAAACAUGGGAAAAGGCCUGAUAAAGAUGUCAUCAGACACUGUGGAAUCAGUGCCAGACAAACAACCAAGUGAGUUGCAGGUGUUCAAACCACCCCAACAAAUAGUGCCUCAGAUUGGCCAGUGUGUGGCAUCUGGAAUGUUUCAUCCACGUGCCACCUUCAAUUCCCUGUCAAUUCCCCUAGGGUCCACUCAAAAUGGGGACAUUGGGAUGGUGGCAGUUGGUGGAGGUGGAGGUGUAGGGGGUGGGGCUCUGGCCAUAGUUGGAGGUGGGACACUUGGUGUGGUUGCAGCCCAAUGUACCCUUGCCAAAAGUGACACCUUAAAACCCCAACCUCCGACUCAGUUCCAGGGGUGUCGGACAGUAUUAACCACAGUAGGGAACUGGACAGGGAACCAGGCCAGUGGAGGAACAGCACAGCAGCAAGCACAAAUACCACACCAGUCUCAGCAGAUCCAGCUGUCUCCUCCACAGCUGAGCCAUGUGAGCUUACCCCAGCAGUCAGUUCUGCUCACUCAAACCCAGUCUCUUCCACACCCCCAGCAAACCCAACCUCUUAUGCACCCCCAAGAAACUCAGCCUCUUCCUAGCGUUGAAAUGCCCAUCACUAACCCUCCUGUCAAACUCUUCUCAUCAGACUCCUUCAUUAGCAAACCUCUAGCAUUGACUCCCAAUGGGACGACAAGAGUUGGAAUUCAGGACACCAGCAGGUCUCUGCCUACCCAGGACUCAGUACAUGCUUCUGAGCCCCUGGAGAAGUUGUGUUCUGCCCUUGGCAAGCAGCAAAAUGGUACUCCUUCACAUGAACCUUCUCAUGGGGCACCUGGAUCAUCAGCCCAAACCUGCCUGACGGACACGGGGCUACCAGUGAGCUCCAGAGCACCAGACAUCCAUACAGUCACACUACAGCUGUCUAAGUCACAGGUUGACGAUAUUUUGCCCCCAGUUUUUUCUGUGACCCCCAAGGGCAGUGGGGCUGGAUAUGGCGUCGGCUUUGAUCUUGACGAGCUUCUUACUCAGUCGCUCACUGACCUCCAGCACUCAGACCUCAGGGAAAGUCACAACGACUCUGCACCCCUCUCCGCAUCCUUGCUCUCAGAUUGGUUGGAAGUACACCGCAUGACCCCAGCCGACUUGGAAUCACUGCAGCAGGAGCUUCAGCUUGGAUCUCCCAUGAUUCUUUCUGACAACUCCAACCUCCCUUAGACUAGAUUCUAGUCUAAUUCCCAUCAUGGCAAUAUGGCACCUUAAUUUAUUCUACCCAAGAUCAUGUACUAUACCUCUAAAACAAGUGCCAACUUCACUAUAUACAGUAGUUAACGGUGAAGAAAAUUUCACGGUUAUAGGGUGUAGAUUCCCCCCCCCAGUGACUUCAAAAGACAAGUAUGGCAUGCUGUAGAUUCUCUAAUACACCUGUUCAGAUUGUUUUUCAAACAAUCGUUUCCUCUAUCCAUAUACAUUUGGUCAAGUUUUACUCCUAAGAAUUCUAACAAGUCUAACACAUGGCUAAAAUUGCUACCAUUCAUGACCAAAAUGGAGGCCUAGAUAGCAGUCUGGUGCUAAUUUGGUGCUAAAAUGAAGCAUUUCAGCUAAUAAAAGUAUAAACUGGGUCACAGGCAAUAGGUUGAUCUCUAUCUCUAAUUUUGUUUUGUGCCACAAUCUUGAUAUUGAAACUGAAAAUCUGAUCCUUUGAGACAGAAACUUAAGAUUUACCUAUUGGCAGCUAAGACUAACUGCAGCAGAAUGUAGAAGCACUACAAAAGGAUUCUACUUGUGAUCCCUAGGUGCACUCAAACUACAACAAAGGCACACUGAGCACUCACUGCAGACGAACUCAGACUGAAAAAGAUCAACCAUUGCCUUGGAACCAUGUUCAUUGUAAACACAAAACCCACCAAGAGUGAAGUGUUAAGAGCAGGUAGAAGUUACUAAGCAGGUUUGAUUGGGCAUUUCAUGAAUACAUUUUAGGUAUUAGUGUUCAGAUAAAUGAUUUUGCACCAGCAUGACAAAUAACAUUUGUUUGCAAUAAAGGAACAAAAAUGAUAAGUCAA